UGCUAUCUGUGUGCAUUCGUGAGUUGUUUGAAUGUUUUCCGAAUUUCCAAUUUUUUUGUGAACUUUUUUGUGUUUACUGCCGUAUUAAAGGGCUCCGAAAUUAAAAAAGUCAUGUAACUGAAUGUUCAUAUAUUUUUACAUCAUAUUCAACCAUUUUUUCGCUUCAAACGCCAAAAAUGCUUACCCAAAACAUCUAGGAAUUCGGCAAGUCUUACCCCCUUAGCAUUUUUUCCAAAAUUCCUGUUUUAAUAUCAUGGAACGUCCUUUUAAGUGUGUGAUCGACUAUAUAAAAAGUUUGUUUACCAUUCCGCCUCUUAGCAAUGAUCGUAAAAGGCGGGCUUCUCCAUUAGAAAAUAUCAGAGAGUCAAAACUUCAACGACUUUCACCUUACAUUAAACCAACCAGUAGGGUGAUCCCUAUACAUAUUGAGCGAGACACUGAAGAUCUAGCCCCUUGGAUGCCACGUAUGUCAGUCAAAAGGUCACCAAUUAGCCGUUCCAACAAUACAAGAAUUCCAAUGAAGGUUUUGAAACCGGGCGUCGUGAACCUUGUGAGCGACGAUGACGAACCAUUGCCCAGCAAAAAGACAGAAAAAACUUUUUUAAGUAAAUCAAAAAAAUUAAAAAGUUUUACCUCAACUCCCAUGCAAGAAGCUAGUAAUCGCUCAAGCAAGAUCAACUCUCGAAACGAUAACGAUGACGUACUGUUCGUAAAUAAUGGCAAAACGAAUUUGCUGGAAAAAAUCUUCGAUGCAAAAAUGGAAGGCUGGGAUUAUUUGAAACCAAAAAGUCUCGCGGAGAAGCCCUCGUUCAACAUCAGCAGCAGAAACGGAACUCCAAAAUCGAAAAAUUCUUCCAAAUCGCCUCUCGAAUAUUCUUUCCGAUUAGAAGAUAAAAUGCAGUAUAAAAAACUGUUGGAACAAGUCAGCAAUAAUGAAUCGUCCCUUUAUCAGACCCCAAUGGGCAAGAGUUUUGGGUCAACCAUGCCAGAAAGAAAAUCUGCACUGUUUAGUGCGGAUAAGUCAAACGGACGUGAAAGAACCAAAGAUAGACUGGUAAAAGUAUUGGACAGCAUGGAAAAUGAACCAGUUGUGGUAAAGGAUUCAGAUUCUGAGGAUAGCGAUGUGGUGUUGGUUAGACCUCCAUCCCCAAAACCUGAUAUUAAAGUCGAGCCAGUGAAUUCUUUUAGGAAGAUUGUUAAUUCUUCUCAAGCCAGCUCGCCGGCAUGGUUAGAUCGAUUUAUGGAAGACCAUCGACUAAACAUAGAAAAACGGCAACAAGAAAUCGACGAACUAAAAAAAUAUUCUGAUCAAACCGCCAAAAUCAACCGAGAAAUUGAGAUGGAAGUAAUACAGAGAAAAGUAAAUGAUUGCCUGAAAAUCAAAAGUGAUUUGUCAUAUAUGGUACCAGAAGAAGAGGCGGAAGAGGAACUACCGGAGUUAACAGAAGAGCAACUGAACAUGGUCCGAAGGGCGUUCAGGGGCGAUCCGAAUGAAGUCCUAGCAAGAAAUUUCAAUUUAAAUAUAACCAGAAGGGACUUAAUGACCUUAGCCGGUCUAAACUGGCUGAAUGAUGAGGUGAUAAAUUUCUACAUGAACUUGAUAAUCGAGAGAGGCAAGGAUAAAAAAUGGCCCAGUAGUUAUGCUUUUAACACCUUUUUCUACACGAAAUUAAUUAAAGAUGGACCUCAAUCUUUAAGACGGUGGACGAAAAGAAUCGAUUUGUUUUCGUAUGAUUUUGUUUGUGUGCCUGUUCAUUUGGGGAUGCACUGGUGUAUGGCAAUUAUUGAUUUCACGGAGAAAAAAAUCAAAUAUUUCGAUAGUAUGGGUAGUCCGAAUAAUCGGUGCCUUGAAGCCUUACGAAGUUAUCUGGAGGCCGAACAUCUCGACAAAAAAGACUCGCCGUACAACACCAGAGAUUGGAAUUUAGUUAACAUGGACGAAAUUCCACAGCAGAUGAAUGGCAGCGAUUGCGGCAUGUUCGCGUGCACCUUUGCCGAAUUUAUUACGAGAAAAGCAAAGAUUACAUUUAGCCAGGAUGACAUGCCUUAUUUAAGAAAAAAAAUGGUCGUCGAAAUUAUGAGCGGCAAAUUAUUAGUGAACUGAUUUGCUUCGUAACGUAUUUUUUUUUAAGUAAUGUUUUUGUAUAUAAUGUGAUUCUUAAAAAAGAACAUGAAUUGUAGAAAUAAGAUUUUUUUUUAAAAUUUGGUUUUAUUAUAAUUUAAAUAAUAAACUUGAAUAUUUAUUGUAAUACAAUAAAAAAAGGUAUCUAUAAAAAAUA